AAAUGGAAUAAUGAAAAUGUCAACUUACACUAAUUAGUAGGAAUCUUGGAUCAAAUCUCUUACUACUAUUAUUAUUAUUACUAUAAUUUAGAGAAUUUUUUUUGAGAUCUGUGCAUUUGCGUAUUUUACAUUUUAUAGUAUGCUACUUGGGUCAUUCUCAUUUUGCUCCCUUAGUACUUGUCUCAUUGUUUCUUGAAAAUCCCUUUUUUUUUUUGGGAUUUAUGUGUUUCUUACUGUAUUGUUGGUUAAAUUCCAACCACAUGUGAUAUAAAUAUCCAAACUUCAAGAAUCUUGAUCAUCUAAUUGUAUAUAAUCUUGAAAAAAAAAUCCAAUCUUUGUGUGUGUGUUUUGGUGAAAAGACUCAAUCUUUGUGUUUUUUUUCAACCCAAUUUGAUAAAUGUCCAAAAUCUUCAAGAAUCUUGAUCAUCUAUCAGUACAGAAUUCUUGAAAAUAUCCAGUCUUUGAGUGUGUUUUUGGUGAAAAAACCCAAUCUUUGUGUGUGUUUUUGGUGAAAAAACUCAUUCUUUGUGUGUGCUUUUGGUGAAAAAACUCAAUCUUUGUGUGUUUUUCACCGAAUUGUAUUGCCCCUCAACCUUAUUCUUGGUAUAAAUUCCAACCCAAUUUGAAUGUCCAAAAUUUUCAAGAAUCUUGAUCAUCUAUUAGUACAGAAUUCUUUAAAAUAUCCAGUCUUUUGUGUGUUUUUGGUGAAAAAACUCAAUCUUUGUGUGUGUUUUCACUGAAUUGUAUUGCUCCUCAACCAUAUUCUUGGUAUAAAUUCCAACCCCAUGUGAUAAAUAUCCAAAAUUUUCAAGAAUCUUGAUCAUCUAACUGUACAUAAUUCUUGAAAAAAAAUCCAAUCUUUGUGUUUGAUUUUGCUUUAAGUAUACAGAUGGAGAAUUGUUUUCACUAUAUGAUUUUCUUGUCAUUGUUGUUUUUGGGUAGUUGUUAUUGUUCUACUAAUGUAGAACAAGAGAAGGAUAGGAUUACUUAUUUACCUGGACAACCAGAAAAUGUACAAUUCAAUCAGUAUUCAGGUUAUGUGACAGUAAAUGAACAAGCUGGAAGGGCAUUGUUUUACUGGUUGAUUGAAUCGCCAUCGAUGCGUAAUCCUGAGAAAAGGCCACUACUUUUAUGGCUAAAUGGAGGGCCAGGAUGUUCUUCUGUAGCUUAUGGAGCUGCUGAAGAAAUCGGUCCGUUUCAUAUCAAUGCUGAUGGGAAGACACUUUACUUAAAUCCUUACUCAUGGAACAACUUGGCGAACUUGCUUUUUCUUGAAUCGCCAGCUGGAGUUGGUUUUUCGUAUACAAAUACUUCCUCAGAUUUGUAUAAUGCUGGCGAUCAAAGAACAGCUGAAGAUACCUAUCAGUUUCUUGUCAAGUGGUUCGAAAGGUUUCCUCAGUACAAGCAUAGAGAAUUUUACAUCGCCGGAGAAAGUUAUGCAGGGCAUUAUGUUCCGCAGCUAUCUCAACUUGUCUACCAGAGGAACAAGGGAAUCAAGAACCCGAUUAUUAAUUUCAAGGGCUUUAUGGUUGGAAAUGCUGUUACCGAUGAUUACCAUGACUAUGUUGGCACGUUUGAGUACUGGUGGACUCAUGGCUUGAUUUCGGACUCGACAUACAAGCUUCUCAAGAUAACAUGUGAUUCCGGAUCUUCUGAACAUCCUUCCGCUGAUUGCGCUAAAGCUCUUUUUCUUGCAAACAAUGAGCAGGGAAAUAUUGACCCAUAUAGCAUAUAUACUCGUCCUUGUGCCAGUAAAAAAACACUUCGCCACAACCUAAGGGGUCAUUAUCCGUGGAUGUCCAGAGCAUAUGACCCAUGUACUGAGAGGUAUUCUGAAGUUUAUUUUAAUCUCCCGGAGGUACAAAAGGCAUUCCACUCUAACGUAACUAAGAUUGAGUAUCCUUGGAAAACAUGCAGUGAUAUUGUCGGAAGCUACUGGGACGAUUCUCCUCUGUCAAUGCUUCCCAUCUACCAAGAGCUAAUAGCGGCUGGCCUCAGGAUAUGGGUAUUCAGUGGCGAUACUGAUUCAGUUGUUCCAGUAACUGCAACUCGAUAUUCUAUAGAUGCAUUGAAGCUACCAACUAUCACCAACUGGUAUCCUUGGUACGACAACAAAAAGGUUGGAGGAUGGAGCCAAAUAUACAAAGGGUUGACCCUUGUAACUGUAACAGGAGCAGGACAUGAAGUGCCUCUUCAUCGCCCUCGUCAAGCUUUCAUACUAUUGCGAUCAUUUUUGGAGAACAAGCCAAUGCCAAGCUAAAAAUCUGUAGAAAAUCUUCAAUUACUCAUGGUGUCAAAGGACACGAUACCAUCGCUCAUUUCUUUCCCCUCGACAGGCAUAAGGUAAAGGCCGCGAGGGAGAUUCAAGAUUGUUACACUUCAAUAAUGGCUUUACAAUGGCUACAUUAGAAGUUCCAUUCAUAAAUUUGUUUGAAUUUAGUAUAUAGCUAUAAUAUAUUCUUAUAGAGAAUUCAAUUUUAGUUUUUCCAAAGAUCACAAUGUAAACAAAUCUAUGUAUUCUUUAUGAAUAUUGAACCUUGUUUUGUAGUACUUGUA